GCCAGUAAAUGCAGCGUGAGGUGAACGCGCACUGACACAGGACCGCGCACGUCGUUCGGAAUAAUUUAAACGGGCACGAGUACGUGCGCGUACCCGUAGUCUUUGUGUGGCAGCAUAGUGAAGCGCCAAAAGAGUGACCAUGGCUGAUGAGAAACCAAAUGAGGGCGUCAAGACGGAAAACAACGAACACAUAAACCUGAAGGUAGCAGGACAGGAUGGAUCUGUCGUGCAGUUUAAGAUCAAAAGACACACGCCGCUCAUCAAACUCAUGAAGGCUUACUGCGAGAGACAGGGACUUUCGAUGAGGCAAAUCCGGUUCAGAUUUGACGGACAGCCAAUAAAUGAGACAGACACACCAGCACAGUUGGAAAUGGAAGAUGAGGAUACGAUCGAUGUGUUCCAACAACAGACGGGGGGUCUGAUCUAACCGACCACAGCUGCCGUCUUUUUGAUUCCAACAUGACUGACUUCCCCAGCCCGUUAACACCCAGCGGCUGGCUAUUGGCAACUUCUCCAACAGUCUCAACAUAAUUCUUACAGAGGAGGUUUUACAUUUCUGUGCUUCACAAAAAAAAAAAAAAAAAAACUGCUGUAAAGAAUUUCUAUUCAUGCCCCUGUUACUGUUUUU